AUGACAUGUUCAUCUUGUGAAAGCAAAAUUGAAACUUUAAUAGGAAAUUUACCUGGUAUUAAUAGUGCUGAAGUAUCAUCAGUUACUCAUCGUGGAAGAUUUAGAUAUGAUUCUUCAAAAAUAGGUCCAAGAGAUAUUAUUCGUAAACUUGACUCCAUAGGUUUUCCUGCUGUAUUAGUUAAUGAAGAUUCUAAAGCAACCAAUUUAACAAAAAUUCAUCGUCGAGAAACUCGAAGAUGGCGUAAUUCAUUUUUACUUGCUGCAAUUUUUGGUAUUCCAGCAAUGAUAAUCAUGAUGAUAUUUAUGCUAAAAUGGAAAGAUCAUCAAGAAGCACCACAAGUUAUACGUGGUUUAUCUUUAGAAAAUCUUAUUAUGUUUCUUUUAUCAACACCAGUACAAGUGAUUAGUGGUCGUUAUUUUUAUAUACAAGCAUUCAAAGCAUUAAAACAUGGUUCAGCUAAUAUGGAUGUUUUAAUUGUUAUGGCAACAACAACAGCAUAUGCUUAUUCAUGUUUUGUUGUUUUAUUUAAUAUUAUAAAAGGUCUUCCAAGUCCAGUUACAUUUUUUGAUGUACCACCAAUGCUUAUGAUGUUUGUUGCAUUGGGUAGAUGGCUUGAACAUAUAGCUAAGGGUAAAACAUCAGAUGCUCUAACAAAAUUAUUAUCAUUACAACCUCCACAAGGAAUAUUAGUUCGUCUAGAUGAAGACACUGGUUCAAUUAUAGAAGAAAAAAUUAUUCUUGCAAAACUUAUUCAACGUAAUGAUAUAUUAAAAGUUUUACCAGGUGGAACAAUUCCUACCGAUGGUCGAGUUAUUCAAGGUACAUCAACAUGUGAUGAAUCGUUAAUAACUGGUGAAGCAAUGCCAGUUGAAAAAACUAUUGGUUCACAAGUUGUUGGUGGAACAAAAAAUUUAAAUGGAAUGUUAUUAAUUCGUGCAACACAUGUUGGUCAUGAAACAGCACUUAAACAAAUAAUUAAAUUAGUUGAAGGAGCACAAACAUCAAAAGCACCUAUACAAGCAUUAGCUGAUAAAAUUGCAGGUUAUUUUGUACCGGUUAUUGUUGGUUUUUCUGGUAUUACAUUAAUUUGUUGGAUUAUUAUUGGUUAUACUCAUUUUGAUCAAAUAGAAAAAUAUUCAAUGUAUCAUCAUUCUAUGAUGGGACAUCAUGAAGGAACAAAGCCAAGUCAUAUGGAAAUUGUACUUGAAUUAGCUUUUCGUUUUGCUAUUACAGUUCUUUCGAUUGCUUGUCCUUGUGCUCUUGGACUUGCAACACCAACAGCUGUUAUGGUUGCUACUGGUGUUGGUGCCUCUCAAGGGAUUCUUGUUAAAGGUGGUGAACCAUUAGAAACUGCUCAAAAAAUUCGUACAAUUGUUUUUGAUAAAACAGGUACAAUAACACAAGGUAAACCAACAGUUGUUGAUACACGUUUAUUUAUUCCAAAUGAUUCAUAUUGGACAUUAAAACGAAUGUUAGCAAUAGCUGGCACAGCUGAAAGUGGUUCUGAACAUCCAUUAGGCAAGGCUAUACGAACAUAUUGUAAAGAUUUUUUUCGUUGUGAACAAUUUGGUCAUUGUGAAGAUUUUAAUGCUAUUUGGGGUUAUGGUUUAAGUGUAAAAGUAAAUGGACUUGAAUCUUUAAUAAAUAAAAAUAGUGAAUCCAAUGAUAAUAUAUCCUUAAAUGAUAAAGUUUAUUGUGUUUUAAUUGGAAAUCGAGAAUGGAUGGAAAGAAAUAAUAUUCAUGUAACAUAUGAAAUUGAUUCAGCAAUGUCAAAACAUGAACAUGAUGGAAAUACAGCUGUAUUAAUUGCUGUUGAUAAUACAAUUAUUGGUAUGAUUGCGAUAGCUGAUCCUAUAAAGCCUACAGCACCGUUGACAAUCUUUGCUUUACAAUCAAUGGGUCUUCAUGUUUUACUUGUUACUGGUGAUAAUAUUAAAACUGCUCGUGCUGUAGCUGCACAAGUUGGUAUAAAAGAUGUUUAUGCUGAAGUAUUACCUACUCAAAAAGAACGUUUUAUUGCAACAUUAAAAGAAAAUAGUCGUAAAGGUGAUAAAGUAGCAAUGGUUGGUGAUGGUGUAAAUGAUUCACCAGCAUUAGCUCGUGCUGAUGUUGGAAUUGCUGUUGGUACAGGAGCUGAUGUAGCUGUGGAAGCAGCAAAUAUUGUUUUAAUUCGUGAUGCACUUGAAGAUGUUCUUGGUGCUAUAUUUUUAUCAAAAAAAACUGUUCGAAGAAUAAGAUUUAAUUUUUUAUUUGCUAUUAUUUAUAAUCUCAUUGGUAUACCAAUUGCUGCUGGAGUUUUACUUCCAAUUGGUAUCUCAUUAACACCAUGGAUGGCAUCAGCUGCUAUGGCUUUAUCAUCAGUUAGUGUUGUUAUGUCAUCAUUGUUAUUAAAAAAAUAUCGUAAACCAGAUAUAAAUAUGUAUAAUAAUAAUGAAUUUAAGUUAUGGUCAGUCAACAAAGGAAAAAACAUAAAUGUUCAUCGUGGAAUUGAUAAUCUUGAACGAACACCUAAUGGUUCAUUUAUUUCAAGUUUACGUGGUAGUCGUUUAGCACAGAUCUUGUCUGGUGCUGUAUCAGCCGUAAAACAACAAACAUCACAGUCAUUCUAUGGUAAACAAAAAGGAACAUUAUUACUUAAUGCAAAUUCACUUGAUGACGAAAUGGAAUUGCAUGCGAUACCAUGA